GGUUUCCCAGCGUGCCCGCGAGGAGGGGGUGGCAUGGCGGGCAAGGAUGACACCGGAGUUCGACGAAGAAGUGGUGUUUGAGAAUUCCCCACUGUACCAAUAUCUGCAGGAUUUGGGACACACAGAUUUUGAAGUAUGUUCCUCAGUGUCACAGAAGGCAGAGCAAUGUGCAGCAGCAGAAAGCCAAAGGGAGCAGACUGUGCGUGCUGCCCAGAAGCAAGGCAUCCUGUCAAAACUAGUUGAGUUUUUUAGAAGCUGGUUUCCUUUUCCACAGUAUAAGAAAAAUGAUGACAUACUUCACCGACUGGAUGUUGGAUUUCGAUUUGACACGCUCCGUACCAUCCUGCAACAGGAAGUUCUGCUGCAGGAGGAUGUGGAACUGAUUGAAUUCCUUGACCCCAGUAUCCUGUCUGCAGGGCAGUGUAAGCAACAGGAAAACAGACAGCUUCCAACACUACGCUCCCUAGCAACUCCUAAUAUUUGGGAUGUCUCGCUGUUCCUUGCCUUUGUAAGUGCACUGCUUAUGUUUCCUUCGUGGUGGAAGGAGUCAUCAUGGCUGCUCUGCGGACCCGUGCUGCUCCUCUAUGCAGUCCUUAGAGCGUGGGGCACGUGGAGGACAGCCAAGCUGCAAAUGUCCCUGAGAAAAUACUGUAUCCAGCUGGAAGAAACAGUGGCCAAUAGCCGGGCCUUUACUAAUCUCGUGAGGAAAGCUCUACGACUCAUUCAGGAGACUGAAGUGAUUUCUAGAGGAUUUACCCUUUUGCUUGACAGGGUCAGUGCCGCUUGCCCAUUUAAUAAAGCUGGACAGCAUCCUAGUCAGCACCUGAUUGGCCUCCGGAAAGCCGUGUAUCGAUCGGUCAGAGCCAACUUCCGAGCUGCAAGACUGGCUACUCUGUACAUGCUGAAAAAUUACCCUCUGAACUCAGAGAGUGACAACGUGACCAGCUACAUCUGUGUGGUCCCCUUUAAGGAGCUGGGUCUGGGACUGAGUGAAGAGCAGGUCUCUGAAGAGGAGGCACACAUUCUGACUGAUGGCUUCAGCUUGCCUGCACUCAAGGUCCUCUUUCAGCUUUGGGUAGGGCAGAGUUCAGAAUUUUUCAGGAGGUUGGCGCUGCUGCUCUCCCCAGCCAACGCGUGCCCCGAGCCCUCGGUGUCCCCGGAGCGGCUGCCUCACCACAUCCUGCGCGAUGUCACCCAGGGCCUACCUCACACCCACGCGGCCUGCUUGGCGGAGCUCAAGAGGAGCUACGAGUUCUACCGCUACUUCGAAACCCAGCACCAGUCGGGCUUGCAGUGGCCAGCCAGGAGCAAGCAGCAGUCCAGAGAGCUGAACAGUCUCCAGACAGCGGUGCGCAGCUUGCAGCUGCAUCUCAAGGCCCUGCUCAAUGAGGUAAUAAUUCUUGAGGAUGAACUUGAAAAGCUUGUUAGCACUAAGGAGACACCCGAGUUGACAACAGAAGCCCAUCAGGUUCUGGAACAAAAACUAAAGUUUAUUCAGCCUCAUAUCCAGGCGAGCAACAGCUGCUGGGAAGAAGCCAUUUCUCAGGUGGAAAAAAUGAGUGGAAGAAACCCAAAUAAAAAAGGCAAAAUUGAAGUUUCCUGUGACAACCUACAGCAUACUACAGUACCUUUAACACAGCCUGCCAUAUACAUAGAAAACAAAGAUCCAAUCCCUGAAGAGCAGGAGCUGGAAGCAUAUGUUGAUUAUUCAGAUACAGAUAAUGAAUACAAAAGGGAAGAUUUUUACUGCUUCUCCCAAGAAGAAAGAGAGAGGCAAGAGCGAGAGAGACAGGAAUCUAAGAGGGUGUUACAAGAAUUGAAAUCUGUACUGGGAUUCAAAGCUUCAGAAAUUGAAAGACAGAAGUGGAAACAGCUACUAUUCAGUGAACAUGCUGCAGUGAAACCCUUGUCUCCUGUAGAACCAUUGAAGCUACUAAAUAAUGUGGAAUCACAUAUGAAUUCAGAUACAGAAAAGCAGGACUGCAGCCAAAGUUGUGAUAAAUCUGAAGAAAAAGACUCUAAUCCAGAAGUGAAUGCUGCUGAUAAAUGUAGGACAGAAUAUUUGUAUGAAGAUCCUGAGAUGGAGAAAAACAAAGACAGUAUUACAGAUAAAGUUACAGAUAUUUCUACAGGGGCUGAAGAAAGAAUGUAUUAUCAGUGUGAAGGGGAUGCUGAAGAGCUCAAGCCGAGCAGUGUGGAUGGAGUAGAGGCAUCACAGCCUCCCUCUAAGGAUGCAUUACGUUCAAAAAUCAAGGAUAGGCUGGCCCAGCUCCACAUAUCAACAGAUUUUAACUUCACAUCUGGUCUGGCUGCACAAGUUGCUGCCAGGUCUUUCACUUUUACUACAAUGCAGGAAGAGACUUUUGGAGAUGAUGGGGAGGAGGAGGAGGAAGAGGAAGAAAAGACACAGGAAAAUGAAGACCUUGUGGAGAACUGUGAAAAUGAAGAGAGAGGCUUUGAAAGUAAAGGAAAAGUAUAAGUCUGAGCUGAACUUUAUUAAACUAAAAGCAGGCAGUUUGAUGGAAAAAAACUAAGGUGGGGGGUUGAAGCUGAAAAUACUGGAUGGAAAAAAAGGAGACCUAAAUAUAAUACAUCAUGUUCCCUAAGACUGAUACACUAAAUAGGACUUCUAAGUAUAUUGAAAAUUUGCAGGUAAGAGAAGUUUGGGCCGCAUCCAAGAAAUAGAUGGCUGUUCCUUUUUUAAGAUCCUAGUGGUGGGGGUUGGAAUUUACCUUUGUUUUCUGUUUUAUUUAUUUACAUUAUGAUAUAUUGUAGUUUCUGGUUUCUAAAAUGAAGGAAAACCAAUGUUUUGGUUUACAAUAGACUCCAGUUUUUUGCUCUCUGAUUCUUUUGUCAUGGUAUCAAUGUUUGUUCCAACAAAAACUGCCAGGACAUUUCUUUUGGAAGAAUCUGAACAGUUCCCUGUGAUCUUCCUCCACCACUUUUGUUUCACUUCUUGUGUCUGCAGUGUGUUGGCUAAGCCAUGAUAGGCAUUUGUGAUUCUGCAACUAGUGAUGUGGCACCCAGCUAAAAUGUAGAAUUUUAAAUAAAAACUUGGAAGAGAUAGUAUUUGAUGUGUCCUGGGGUAUGGGGCUGAAAUAGUAUAAAGUUAGUCAUGCUUCAUAUUAAGGUUUAUUUAGAAUUUUAUGAAGGGUUAAUAAAUGAUGUCUAUAAGUUAUAAUUCAUGUUAGAGAAAUGUGUUGUAAAUAAAUUCUAGGGAAGGUUAUAAGCACACCAGUGGAAAGUACUAUAUAUAGCUAGAAGCUAUAUAUUGGAUUGACAGAGAUGAGUAGUAAACACCUAUUUAUUAAGCCAGCUAUUAAUUGUUUGUUAACCUUUUGUAAACUGAACCUUAAUGUAAUUGUUUGAUUUGAUAGAAUGAUCAAUUGUACAUUUUUGCUUAUGUCCUGAAGUAAUUUUCUUAAAGGAAAUUAUCUGAGAGGUUAACAACAUGCAGUGUUUUGUUUGAACACCAUACUUGCUUUUCACUAAUGUUCUUUCACUUUUCCUUAGAUCACAACUUUAACCUGUGGGAUUAAGAAUCCAUGAGAGAACUACAGUUGUGUAUUUUGUUUCUUGUAACUUAGUUAACUGAUUAUGAAGUCUGGAUGUUUGGUGUGAGGUUAUGUGAGUUGCUUUGUUCUCUGUGGUGGUGUUACAAGGAGCAGGAAACUGAUGCUAACCUCACAGAGGAGUUGGUUAAUGGUUUCAUGGCCCUCUUUUCCUUUUGCUCUCUGACACAAAAUGAAGCAAAGCUCCCGUGUCUUUAAUGGCAAAAGCACCACUUCUUUGUGUGGAAUACUCUACUUGGACCCAGAUACACUUCCAGGGCAAAAUACUGCAUCAGUUAUUUAGAGUAUUGGGUUUUGCAGAUUCUAUAGAUUAAAGGGCUUUUUAGAUGCUGGUGGUGCAGAGCAAUAUCUUUCCUAGGAUGG